ACUGACAUGAUUGCGAAGGAAAAGGAAGAGACAUGUCAGCGUCAUCCUCAGCGUUCUCCCUCGCCCUGCCAACAGCUGCGCCCUCGCGGGCUGCUUACCGGAGAUGCUUCACCGGCAGUCCUUCCACUCGCCCACUGUCGAGUUCGGGCUCCAUUGCUCCGCGGAACCAGGGCUUGGGGCUGAAUUUGAGGCUCAUCGGACAAGCAAGGCCUGCCUACUGCAGUAGGCGGCCAGGGCGCUUCAGGUCCCAGCUCGCCGACUUCGCUCCCCCCGCCUCCGCCGUCUACGGCACCCUUCUCCUCAGCGGCGGCCUCUUCGCCUAUUUACGAUCAGGAAGCAAGGGAUCGCUUGCCGGUGGGCUCACCGGCGCAGCUUUGAUGGCAGCUGCUUACUAUCUGAUGCAAUCACCUGAGAUGAAAGCAGCUGGAGAUGCACUUGGAUUUGGCUCUGCCAUUCUUUUCUGUUCCGUAUUUGGGAUCCGCUUAGUGGCUACCCGGAAACUGACUCCUGCAGGCCCUCUGUUAGGUCUCUCUCUUGCUGUUUUAGCUGUCUUUGUUUCUGCAUAUUUUCAAGACACUGUAUGAUCUACAACUUCCUUUGUCUCUGCUUCCGAAAAGUCUUAGUCAGGAGUUCCAAUCCAGCUUGAACUUGGAUGAUUUUGUAAGCUUCUUUGGAUCUGCUAUAAUAUAAAUCAUUCAUAAAAGAGCAGCAGUUCACUGUAUAUGUUAAUGUUAAUAUGUUCGAUCUUGAAAUCA